CAGGCGUCGCACCUGGCGCCCUGCUCGGGGCUCCCGGUCGCCAGGACAACCGGCCCCGCCGCCGCGCCUCUGCCAUGGUUUUCUCAAGUAAUGAUGAAGCCCUUAUUAACAAAAAACUACCCAAAGAACUUCUGUUAAGAAUAUUUUCUUUCUUGGACAUAGUUACUUUGUGUCGAUGUGCACAAGUUUCCAAGGCAUGGAAUGUUUUAGCUCUGGAUGGAAGCAACUGGCAAAGAAUAGACCUCUUUAACUUUCAAACGGACAUAGAGGGUCGUGUUGUGGAAAAUAUAUCGAAAAGGUGCGGUGGGUUCCUGAGGCAACUUAGUCUGAGAGGAUGCCUUGGUGUUGGAGACUCCUCUUUAAAGACCUUUGCACAGAAUUGUAGAAACAUUGAACACUUAAAUCUAAACGGGUGCACAAAAAUCACUGACAGCACGUGUUACAGUCUUAGCAGAUUCUGUUCCAAGCUGAAACAUCUGGAUCUGACAUCUUGCGUAGCCAUCACAAACAACUCUUUGAAAGGCUUAAGUGAGGGUUGCAGAAAUCUGGAACAUUUGAAUCUUUCCUGGUGUGAUCAGAUUACGAAGGAUGGUAUUGAAGCACUGGUGAAAGGGUGUAGUGGACUAAAAGCUCUAUUUCUUAGAGGUUGCACACAGUUAGAAGAUGAAGCAUUGAAACACAUUCAAAAUCACUGUCAUGAACUUGUAAUCCUGAAUUUGCAAUCCUGUACACAAAUUUCAGAUGAAGGCAUUGUAAAAAUCUGUAGAGGAUGUCACAGACUUCAGUCUCUCUGUGUUUCAGGCUGUAGCAACCUUACAGAUGCUUCUCUCACAGCACUGGGCCUAAACUGUCCAAGGCUGAAGAUUCUGGAAGCUGCAAGAUGUUCCCAUCUUACAGAUGCUGGUUUUACUCUUUUAGCACGGAAUUGCCACGAGCUGGAGAAGAUGGACUUGGAAGAAUGUGUUUUGAUAACUGACAGCACAUUGAUACAACUUUCUAUACACUGUCCCAAGCUACAAGCAUUGAGCUUAUCUCACUGUGAAUUGAUCACCGAUGAUGGGAUUCUUCAUCUGAGCAACAGUACGUGUGGUCAUGAGAGGCUGCAGGUGCUGGAGCUUGAUAACUGUCUUCUCAUCACUGAUGUGACUCUGGAACACCUGGAGAACUGCCACAACUUGGAGAGAAUUGAGCUGUAUGACUGCCAGCAAGUCACGCGAGCUGGAAUCAAACGCAUCAGAGCUCAUCUACCUCACGUGAAGGUUCAUGCUUACUUUGCUCCCGUCACGCCCCCUCCGUCGGUGGGAGGGAGCGGACAGCGCCUCUGCAGAUGCUGUAUUAUUCUUUGACAGUAAGUGCAGCCACGGGGAGAAGUUUGUUGUUGCUGUUGAAGAGAAGAACGGGACUGCACGUCAGUGGAAGGAGGGGGCGGCUUCCUGACAGUCCUAACGGUGGUGUUUGGUCAUCCAGUUUUGUGACAAGAAAAGCUUUUAUUUUAUUUCCAGGUAAAAAUCGUAACGUGCAGCUGUGGAUUAAGUUGGUGAUGCUUUGGUUUGUAUUAGUAGCACCUUCCUUCUGUUGGCAUGAGAACUGAAGUACCGUGUAAAAUGUGGGGGCAUUUCAGCAUAGCAGCUACUUGGGGAAAGUUCACUUAGCUUGGAAGUCAAUUUGCAUUUGUAAGUACUACUCCGUGUGAAGUUCUAACAUGAGGUGGGGCUCAGGCCUCUCACACCGAGGAACUGAGCCCGCUGCUCUGUAAUAUACACGACAGAGUAAAUCUCUGGUUAUGGACAAAUCAGCUUUAGCAGAUGUUGACCAAAAAAUGCAAGGCAAUCAGGAGCUUUUACAGCAAAACAGCUUAUACUGUUUCAUGAUUCAGCUUCAUCUUUAAUUACACAACAGGACGUAAUAGGUAACAUCAGAAGGUAAGAUAGUACCUCAAGAUCUCUAUAUAAAUACUUCCCAAGUUUUUGAACUUGGUUCAGUUGAACUAUGUAUGAGUGUAAAGCCUGCCUGUCACCGAAGCACGUUCUAUGCCCAGUGCCAUCAGCCUUUAAAGGGGCAAGAAAUCCAGGGUGGUGGAGCCUGUGCACUCUGCUGCCAUCAGCUGCCACACUCCUACAUGGUGCUGCUUUCUGUCACGCCAUCCCUGCCUGUCCUCACCUCCUCACUUGGCGAGGAAAGGACACGGAGCAGCUCUACACAAGUGUAUUGUUGAUUCAGUUCUACAGCUGAGGAAUGGAAACCAGGUUCAGUUACAGGAACAAGGAUGGAGCAAGGAACUCAAGCUGUUUAUCCUCGCCCCCUCUUAGGGACACAGCAAGCAGAUGGGCAACUACAUCUGUAGGUAAGAAGUGAACCCAACCAAACCUGUGGUUUUCAUAUGUAGAAAGCCAAGCUCUUCACAUUUGGGUUAUUUAAGAAGCUGUCAAUUUCUGAGUGAUAGUAACAAUCAAAUCUGUGUAUUAACUCUUAAGGCCGUGCUUUCAUCUUUAGUUUUUCAAUGCUAGAGGGAUAGAGAAAUAAUUUUUUUAUAUUAAGCAACUUAAUUACCUGAGAUAAACUCAACAUUUCAGAAAGCUUUUUUGUGUAAGGUUGAGUGUGUGUGUGUGUAUGUUUUAAGAGUUCAGGACCUGUGUGUUUACUGAGAAGUAACAGAAAUACUGGCUUUAAAAAGCAGUUGGAGAAGCUACUAUUGUUAAAGGACUUUCCCCAAAAAAUUUUAAGCUAAUUUUGCAAAAAAGAAGAAAAAACAAAUGUGAAGAUUGACAGACUUCUAUGGACAACAGCAGCUGUGGUCGUGCUUCAUGAGGGGGAGAGUAAAUUAAGAUCUCCCCUUGGAGGAUAAAUUACAGGUUACAGUGCAGGACAUGGAUUGCUUUACUACUGCAAAGUCAGUUGGGGUUUGUUUUGCAUAGUAGUGGAGGAGUGUUGCUACAAUCAUAUGUAGAGUUCCAUUAAGAUACUGCUGAAAAUGGAGAGUUUUAAGCCGAUUGUGUUCUCAGCUGUACCAGGAGAGUUGUCAGUACCAGUUUGUCAAGCGGUGUUGCCUUUUGGUGGCUCAUUUUUUUUCUAAGAACAUAAUGAACCUUUUAAAUCUUAUUGCCUUCAAGAUGUGUAAAAAAAAAUGGAACCUACUCUGAUAUAGGACACGUAAAUAAACAAUCAGCUGAUGUCA